UUCUUCUACUUCCGGGUUACGUCAGUGUUAGCGGGUGCAAUGACAUUGUACCAAACAGAAAAAGAAACAGUGGCAAGCAGUUUGUAAUUUCACAUGCUUUUGUAGCUUGAAUUGGCACUGACAUUAUCGUCAACAUGUCAUCCACCAGCACAGGUUUCACGGAGGAUCAGCAGCGCAGAGGAGCAUCGUCACCAAUGGGUGUUGAGUACAUGCCCACUGAGGAGGAGAAGAUGGUGUUCAAAGAGUGCAACUAUGAGAGCUUUUGGUACAGAUCGGUGCCCUUCUCUGUGGUCAGUAUGGCUGUCACUCAGGCCUUGGUUGUCAGAGGGAUUCUGACUGCAUCUCCAAGGUUUGGAACUCUCCCAAAAGUGGCCUUUGCUGGCUUUUGUGGCUACCUUGGAGGAAAAAUGUCAUACAUGAAAACAUGCCAGGAGAAGUUCAAGAGGUUAGAGAACUCCCCCCUUGGAGAGGCCCUCAGACAGAGGACGGGACAGAACCAACAAAAUGCCAAGUCAGAAAUGAGUGACCCGGACACCCAGUCAUUUGACAGCAUGUUCCAACCUGCAGACUCCCCCGUCCAUAGAAGCUACAAUCCAGAUUCACCCAUACAAAUGGGCCGAGCAGAUGAUGUCAAUGCUCUACGCACACCAGAACAAGAUAUCCAGUCAUAUGUGGGAGAAGAGGAGCCCAAAAGGAAGUCCAUCCUCUAUGAGGACCUGAGGCUCAAGAACAGAGAGAACUACGAGGUGACACUCACUCAGAAGGCUGAGACGCUGCUCAAACCAUCACCCGAGAAGGAGCCAAAAAACCCCAAGAAAGAAUCAAAGAACAUUUAUGGGGACAGCUGGGAAGAAUGAGACCUUAUUUCAAAGAUUUAAUGUUUCCUGAAAUCACUGACACUGCAGUACCUACCGUAGGCAUCUCCGUGGACAUUUUUAACCAAUGUGACUAAUGUUGUUUGAGUUUUGAUCAGUAUGUUUCUGAAAGUGCAUCAAUUAAAAGCCAAUUGCAUUAGGACUUAA